GAGAAGAUGAAGUGUGCACUCGUGGCUCUCGCUGCUGCCGUCGUCAUCGCAUGUGUGUGUGUCCUCCAGACCGGGGCCGUUCCCUUCACACAGCAGGUGCAGGAUGAGCUUCAUGUGGAGAGAGAAACACCACAGGAGAACCAGCUCGGGACUGAAGCUGCACAGGAACACACAAACCCACUGGCAUUUUUCAGGACUAAACGUCAGAGUCAUCUGUCCCUGUGCCGAUACUGCUGUAACUGCUGUCGCAACAAAGGCUGUGGAUAUUGCUGUAAAUUCUGAUCACAUGGGCAUUUGACGGAGUCCCGUGCGCUUGGGAAAAGAGUUUCUUUGAAACAUUAAGUUAUUUUGUCUUCAAAAUCCCUCCUGAAAUGAUUUCCCCUGUCGCACAUGUUGUUUAAUACGGGUAUACAUGCAGGCUGUCUCCACACACACUCUGCUCUGUAAAGCUGCAGCUACUGACAUCUAACAGACAAGACGAGGUGAACUCACCUACUUUUUUUGAACGCUGUUUUUAUUUUAUAUAUUUUAUACAUGUAUAUAUAUAUAUAUUAUGCCUGUGUACAUAGACAUGUUACACCAAUGAUUGUUUAGUAUAAUGUAAAAACAUUUUUAAUAAAAUGAUUUUUAAACAUUGA